AUGGAUACCCGAGAUCUCCGACUAGCACAGAUCAGAAAGCCCAGCCACACCAAGAAAGCAGCUCCGGUAGGGACGGGUCUUCCAUCUCUUACUCCGUCCAGCCUGCUUCCGGAAUCGUACUCGCGCCAUACGCAACGGGUAGCCAAGCUCAAACAAAUUUGUGAAAUUCAAGCUUUGGGCCAAAUUCGAGGAUCCGAUCAUCGCUACAAUAUCGUAGUUCACACACUACCAAGUUUCCGGUCAAAUAUCCCGACGACGCAGUUGGUCUUUCGUGCGAAUGCUCAUAGCAGAACCGCGACACAUGACCCCGAUUUAAUCGUCGAGAAGACCUUAGACGAAUUUGCGAAGCUUCGUGACGACCUGUAUAACUGCUCCAAUAGUUCGCAUGUCGGUAAAAGUUGCGAAUUCUGUAAUGAAGUCGCAAAGUGCUUCCGUGCUCGCAUUUGGCAGCCUGGUACCACGAUCACGCGUGUUCUGCCAACGGAAAUGUGCGCGCGCGUUGCAACCGAGUUUCUAGAGAUGCUCCUGCGGCUUGCAACAUCGUGUCCUAGCGAUAUACGCGUAACAUGUCGUUGCCAAGAGCAACUUCCUCGUCAGCUCCACAAGUUUCUCUUCGAGGCAGAUGAGUGA